AUGGCCGCAUCUAUUCUGGAGGUAGGGAAUGUAAUUGUAAGUAGAUUUUCUUUUUCUUCUCUUUUAAAAAAAAAAAAACUCUUAAACUUUUUAUGAUGUGAAAGCUGGUUUUAUACAGAAGUCAGGCAGCUUUAAGUGAGAGUAAAGAAAUGAAAACUACUCCACAAUAUGACUGAAUAUAGAUAAACAACAUUAAAAGAUUUGUGUAAGUUUAAUGUGCUUUAAAAAAAAAGAAAGAUCUCGAGAUGUCUUCAGUGUUGGCGGAUUAAAGCAACUGCAGUCUGAGCUGCUGACAGAGUUUGAAAACUUUACUCCUCACAUCUUCAGCUCUGUUCCUCUUAACGUCUGAGAUUUACAUUUCCUUUAAGAGAUCUCAAUCUUUCUGCAAUGAUUUCCAACAAUCGGUGAAAGAAACUGUGAGGUUUUCAGCGGCAGACCCGGAGGCCGACAGGCAUUGUCGGAGUAAUAAGUCUGUGAUGAAGCAUAGACCUAAAAAAUGGGCUGACCCCAGGGGCUCGCUGUUAGAGAAGGAGAUAACCACUAAUCACUUCUGAAUGGAGGGUGAAUGUGAAAGGAGAGUCUUAAAGUACUGAUAAUAUUUGGCCCAAUUUCCUCCUAAAAUGAAAGGCUGAGAUUGAUGUGAAUUCUACACAGGAAUAAAAGAAUAGUGGUUAAAUCAUGUUAGAUAACAAGCCAUUUAAAGCAUAAUAAGAAAUGUUUUUACGUUGUAUAUAGAAGUUAGAAGAGCACAGUAGAAGUUUUUCAUUAGUUACAUCAACGUUUAAGGUUUCUGGUAGUGAUAGGGAGAUCUAUGUUGAGAUGGGUUGUUGUGUCACUUUCCUACAAUAUAAAAAAAAGAAAAAAGAGUGACAUGUAAAAAUGUUUUGAUUAUGCAAAGAAAUUUUUUUAAAGACUAAAAAAGAAAAAGUUUUUAAAAGUUUGGAGAAGUGAUUUGUCAAAAAAUACAUCAUUUAAUCUGAUGAUAAGCAGAGAAAAGUUGAUUGUGAAUCUAGGAAGCUUUCUAAAAGACAAUAUAAAGGACUGUUAAGAUGCAGUAAAUCCUGAGUUUAUCCUAAAUAUCAUAGAGUUGGAAAAACUGAAAUAGGGUUUAUGUUUAUGACACAUUUGAACAGUAUACAUAUUUCUGUACUCUGAAGAAAGAAGAGUGGAGUUUACAUAAAUGCUAACUUCAGAAUAACUCUUGUCGGUGGUUAAAGUGGAACAAAAAAGCAGGGAAAUCCUCUCUUGCUGAGCGGAGCAGAACCUUCACAAGAGUAAACAUUCGCUGGCUGAAAUUGGCCUGACCACUUUGAAAACUUAGAGAGCAGGAAAAAGCCAGCGGUGGCACUCAAGACAGAAGUUUUUUAUUAGAGUUGACACUGACAGAAGCAGCGGCAGCAGCAAGAAGCCAUUUCCUGCAGACAGACAGUCUCAUUUUCUCCCCUGUCUCCUCCUCCUCCUCCCCAGGAAGACACACGCUAUGGCUCCAGUCCUCUGGCUAUGUUAACUGCUACCUGUAACAAGUUUGGCAGCACAAGCCCCGUCAGGGAUUCAGCGACACCCGGUAAGACCGGCAGCACAACUCCAGUAAAGAAGCCCUACAACAUGACCUCUGACCUGCAGACAGCGAAGAAUGGGCGAACCGCAGACGGCAGUGGCCUGGCAGACUCCUACACUGGCUCCUUUACCACAGCUGGAGGAGGAGGCGGUGGGCUGCUUACCCCGACUGGAAGCCCCCCUCCUUCAGCCGGAGGCUACACUACAGAGUAUAACCCUUUCUCCCACUCCUUCCAGACCUCUGUCUCCCAGGAUCAGUCUCUUUUAGUGUCCAAAGCCCACGCUACGGCCGACUGCCUCACCAGCGUCUACACCUCACUGGAUAUGACGCACCCAUACGGCUCCUGGUAUAAAGCUGGUAUUCACCCUGGUAUCACUGCAGCUCCUGCCAACGCUACAUCCUCCUGGUGGGAUGUCCAUCCCAACUCCAACUGGCUGUCAGCAACCCAGUCCCAGACGGACGGAGGUCUGCAGGCGUCCCUGCAGCCUGUUGCACCCCAAGCCUCUUUGAGUCCCCAGCUGCCCAGCUACAGCACCGACUUUACACCACUAAACCCAGCUCCGUACCCCUCUGUGGGGCUGGGCUCCUCCUCACACCUCCUUCAGCCCUCACAGCACAUGCUGCCCCAGGACAUGUACAAGCCCAAGCCCGUGCCAAGCGGGGGCCUGAUUGAGAGCCCCAUGGGCCUAAAGCCUGCGAGGGGAUCAGGGGGGUACAGCGGAGGAGGCGCACCCACCAGAUCCUCAUGUGACUGCCCCAACUGCCAGGAGCUGGAGCGGCUGGGAGCCUCGGCCGCCUCCCUGAGAAAGAAGCCGGUCCACAGCUGCCACAUCCCAGGCUGUGGAAAAGUCUACAACAAGGCCUCUCACCUGAAAGCCCAUCUGCGCUGGCACACCGGCGAGCGGCCCUUCGUUUGCAACUGGCUGUUCUGUGGGAAACGCUUCACCCGCUCCGACGAACUGGAGAGGCACGUUCGCACCCACACGAGGGAGAAGAAGUUCACCUGUCUACUGUGCAACAAGCGUUUCACACGCAGCGACCACCUGUCCAAGCACCAGAAGACCCACGCGGAUUCUGCCAUGCAGGGGAAAGCUGUAUCUGUGGAGGGCGACGCGGAUCCACGGAGUGAGGAGAACACAGAGCUCAACACCAGCGCUGUCCAAACCAAUCCUGUCGCUGACCAAAUCGCUAACGGAGACGAGAAGACUGGCACGCCUAAUGGAGUGGAGAACAGCAGUGGACUGUUGGAGAUCUGA